GCGGCGGUGGCGGCGACUGUGGCGGCGGGGGGGGGGGCGGGGAACGUUGGCUAAGGCGACAGUGGCGGCUUAGGCACUGGCGGCGGGCGGCUGCGGCUCCUGGUGCUGCUCGGCGCGCGGCCGACUCUCUAGUUCGGAGCGGAACGCUCGGCGUCGAGGGCCCCGCCCGGAAAGUUUGCUGUGGAGUCACGACCUCCUGGCCCGCGCGGCCCGGCAUGAAGCGGCGCUGAGGAGCUGCUGCCGGAGCUGCUGCCGCUGCCGCCGCCGCUGCCGCCGCCGCCGCCGCCGCCGCCGCCGCCGCAGCAGCAAGCCGCCGCCACCUGAGGAGGAGCCGCAGCACCCUGGGCCACGCCGAUGACUACUGCAAACUGUGGCGCCCACGACGAGCUCGACUUCAAACUCGUCUUUGGCGAGGACGGGGCGUCGGCGCCGCCGCCCCCGGGCUCGCGGCCUGCAGAUCUUGAGCCAGAUGAUUGUGCAUCCAUUUACAUCUUUAAUGUAGAUCCACCUCCAUCUGCUCUAAACACACCACUUUGCUUACCACAUCAUGGAUUACCAUCUCACUCUUCUGUUUUGUCACCAUCGUUUCAGCUCCAAAGUCACAAAAACUAUGAAGGAACUUGUGAGAUUCCUGAAUCUAAAUAUAUCCCAUUAAGUGGCCCCAAACCCUUUGAGUGCCCAAGUAUUCAAAUUACAUCUAUCUCCCCUAACUGUCAUCAAGAAAUAGAUGCGCAUGAAGAUGACCUACAGAUAAAUGACCCAGAAAGGGAAUUUUUAGAAAGACCUUCUAGAGAUCAUCUCUAUCUUCCUCUUGAGCCAUCCUACCGGGAGUCUUCUCUUAGUCCUAGUCCUGCCAGCAGCAUCUCUUCUAGGAGCUGGUUCUCGGAUGCAUCUUCUUGUGAAUCACUUUCACAUAUUUAUGAUGAUGUUGACUCAGAGUUGAAUGAAGCUGCAGCCCGGUUUACCCUUGGAUCUCCUCUGACUUCUCCUGGUGGCUCUCCAGGGGGCUGCCCUGGAGAAGAAACUUGGCAUCAACAGUAUGGACUUGGACACUCAUUAUCACCUAGGCAAUCUCCUUGCCACUCUCCUAGAUCCAGUAUCACUGAUGAGAAUUGGCUGAGCCCCAGGCCAGCUUCAGGACCCUCAUCGAGGCCCACUUCCCCCUGUGGGAAACGGAGGCACUCCAGUGCUGAAGUUUGUUAUGGUGGGUCCCUUUCACCCCAUCACUCACCUAUUCCUUCUCCUGGUCACUCCCCCAGGGGAAGUGUGACAGAAGAUACCUGGCUCAAUGCUUCUGUCCAUGGUGGGUCAGGCCUUGGCCCUGCAGUUUUUCCAUUUCAGUACUGUGUAGAGACUGACAUCCCUCUGAAAACAAGGAAGACUUCUGAAGAUCAAGCUGCCAUACUACCAGGAAAAUUAGAGCUCUGUUCAGAUGACCAAGGGAGUUUAUCACCAUCCCGGGAGACUUCAGUAGAUGAUGGCCUUGGAUCUCAGUAUCCUUUAAAGAAAGAUUCAUCUGGUGAUCAGUUUCUUUCAGUUCCUUCACCCUUUACCUGGAGCAAACCAAAGCCUGGCCACACCCCUAUAUUUCGCACAUCUUCAUUACCUCCACUAGACUGGCCUUUACCAGCUCAUUUUGGACAAUGUGAACUGAAAAUAGAAGUACAGCCUAAAACUCAUCAUCGAGCCCAUUAUGAAACAGAAGGUAGUCGAGGGGCAGUAAAAGCAUCUACUGGGGGACAUCCUGUCGUGAAGCUCCUGGGCUAUAACGAAAAGCCGAUAAAUCUACAAAUGUUUAUUGGGACAGCAGAUGAUCGAUAUUUACGACCUCAUGCAUUUUACCAGGUGCAUCGAAUCACUGGGAAGACAGUUGCUACUGCAAGCCAAGAGAUAAUAAUUGCCAGUACAAAAGUUCUGGAAAUUCCACUUCUUCCUGAAAAUAAUAUGUCAGCCAGUAUUGACUGUGCAGGUAUUUUGAAACUUCGCAAUUCAGAUAUAGAACUUCGAAAAGGAGAAACUGAUAUUGGCAGAAAGAAUACUAGAGUACGACUUGUGUUUCGUGUACACAUCCCACAGCCCAAUGGAAAAGUUCUUUCUCUGCAGAUAGCUUCUAUACCUGUUGAGUGCUCCCAGCGAUCUGCUCAAGAACUUCCUCAUAUUGAGAAGUACAGUAUCAACAGUUGUUCUGUAAAUGGAGGUCAUGAAAUGAUUGUGACUGGAUCUAAUUUUCUUCCAGAAUCCAAAAUCAUUUUUCUGGAAAAAGGACAAGAUGGACGACCUCAGUGGGAGGUAGAAGGGAAAAUAAUCAGGGAAAAAUGUCAAGGGGCUCACAUUGUCCUUGAAGUUCCUCCAUAUCAUAACCCAGCAGUUACAGCUGCAGUGCAGGUGCACUUUUAUCUUUGCAAUGGCAAGAGGAAAAAAAGCCAGUCUCAACGUUUUACUUACACACCAGUUUUGAUGAAGCAAGAGCACAGAGAAGAGAUUGAUUUGUCUUCAGUUCCAUCUUUGCCUGUGCCUCAUCCUGCUCAGACCCAGAGGCCUUCUUCUGAUUCAGAGCGCCCACACGACAGUGUACUGUCAACACAGAGAACUUUGGUUUGUUCCAUCCCACAAACAUAUGCAUCCAUGGUGACCUCAUCCCAUCUGCCACAGUUGCAGUGUAGAGAUGAGAGUGCAAGUAAAGAACAGCAUAUGAUUCCUUCUCCAGUUGUACACCAGCCUUUUCAAGUCACACCAACACCUCCUGUGGGAUCUUCCUAUCAGCCUAUGCAAACUAACAUUGUGUACAAUGGACCAACUUGUCUUCCUCUUAAUGCUGCCUCUAGUCAAGAAUUUGAUUCAGUUUUGUUUCAGCAGGAUGCAGCUCUUCCUAGUUUAGUGAAUCUUGGCUGUCAACCACUGUCAUCCCUACCAUUUCAUUCUUCAAAUUCAGGCUCAACAGGACAUCUCUUAGCACAUACACCUCAUUCUGUGCAUACCCUGCCUCAUCUGCAAUCAGUGGGAUAUCACUGUUCAAAUACAGGACAAAGAUCUCUUUCUUCUCCAGUGGCUGACCAGAUCACAGGUCAGCCUUCUUCUCAGUUGCAACCUGUUACAUAUGGUCCUUCACAUUCAGGGUCUACUGCAACAGCUUCCCCAGCAGCUUCUCAUCCCUUGGCUAGUUCACCACUUUCUGGGCCACCAUCUCCUCAGCUUCAGCCCAUGUCUUACCAGUCUCCUAGCUCAGGAACUGCCUCAUCACCGUCUCCAGCCACCAGAAUGCAUUCUGGACAGCACUCAACUCAAGCACAAAAUACAGGCCAAGGGGGUCUUUCUGCACCUUCAUCUUUAAUAUGUCACAGUCUGUGUGAUCCAGCUUCAUUUCCACCUGACGGGGCAACUGUGAGCAUUAAACCUGAACCAGAAGAUCAGGAGCCUAACUUUGCAACCAUUGGUCUGCAGGACAUCACUUUAGAUGAUGUGAACGAGAUAAUUGGGAGAGAUAUGUCCCAGAUUUCUGUUUCCCAAGGAGCAGGAGUGAGCAGGCAGGCUCCCCUCCCGAGUCCUGAGUCCCUGGAUUUAGGAAGAUCCGACGGGCUCUAACAGUGCUCACUGCAGCCUUGUGUCCACCACCAACUUCUCAGCAUGUUUCUCUCCUUGGACCUUGGGUUUCCAACUCUGCAGCCUUCAGGUCUGGCACCAGGAGUGGGACUCACCAUUUGUGGGGAAAGCAGCAUUCCUCCACCUCAGGCCUUGGGUAGAUUUUAUAAAAGAACAGGAGCAGCAUAGGCUGUUUGAGCUUUGGGGAAAUGAGCUUUGCUUUUUAUAUUUAACUAGAAUACUUUUAUAUGAUGGGUGCUUUGAGUGUGAAUGCAGCAGGCUCUUUAUUUCCAAGGUGCUGCUUUUGCAGGUGACCUGGUUACUUAGCUAGGAUUGGUGAUUUGUACCACUUUAUGGUCAUUUGAAGGGCCCUUUAGUUUUUAUGAUAAUUUUUUUAAUGGGAACUUUUGAUAAGACCUUCCAGAAGCAAAAAAAAAAAAAAGAAAGAAAAAAAAAAGAAAACAUUAUCCCAAGCCUACACCUAUGCCUCAGAAAGUCAGCAUGUGUCCUAGAGACUUUCAUAGAGUUAUAGGAAACAAAGCCAAAUAUAGCUCAUACCUCUUUAUAAAACUAAACUGUUGUUAGAUAAAAUGAGAAGAGACCAUUCCAUCAUUGAAGUGUUGGAAUAUAAAAAGACAUUCCAGAGCAUAGCCUUUUGGUAACUUUCUAGGUAAUCUUAUUGCAGUUUCUCCAUACUGGCUCCAUGUUGAUACUGCUUUUUCCCUCAGGACCCUCGGUAAGAUGGCUACAUGUAAGGUGACUCUGAACGGUGGGGUUUUAGCUUGGUCACUUUCAUUUCUUGCCAUCAUAAAAACUACUAGGCUGUGGAGUGCUCUUCCUAUUUGUGUCCUCUGGUCCUAGAACCUUUUCCAAACAGGAGCCUUUGGCUGUUCUGUGACCUUUGAAGCCAGUCUCCCAGUGGUUUAGGCAGCUUUGCAUUUCUAACUCUUCUCUAGAGGUCAGAUUGUGUGCAGAGAUAAAGCACAAAUGAGCUGUACAUCAGCAUGGGCAGAGAAAAUGCAGGGUUCCAGAUGGAAAGGUUUUAAGAGUCACACUGGUAUGGAAGGCUUAUCUGCCAUUGUUUAUAGCCUGAAAUGAUUCUGGCCUACCCUGUCCUGUCUGUAUGAUCUUAAAACCAGCCUUUUCCCCAGAAGGCUCUGAGCACAUCCAAAAGUGAUAACCUGACCCUUCACACCAAAGACACCCUGGUGCUGCUGCUGGUGAGACUGGUGUCCAGGGCAGGGCCCAGCAGAAACUCUAGCCUGCUAUCUACCAAAGGAGGUGCCCAAGUUGGGUACUU